AUGCCGCCAAAACAGCCAUCAGCAACAGCAUCCGACAACACGCCCCUGGCACCCAGCGUCGAGAAGGCAUACUAUCGGAAAUGCAUUCAACUCAAACGACGGUUAAACGAGGUGGAAGCAGCGAAUGAUGAGGCCAGGAUCAGAAGAGUGCGACUUGACCGAUCCAUCCUGAAGAUGCGACUCGAACGAGCGUUCCUGUUGGAUGAGCUGCGCAAGCGCAUGGACUACAAUGUCGACGCAAGUGAGGGCAGCGGGGAGGAAGGCAUGGCGACUCCACCGCCCGACCGACCACAUCGCGAUAAGAGGCGGAGACAGCAACCAGCUCCGUCAACCGGUCCAUCGACCAGCACAUUCCAAGCUACGGCAUACACACCAUCAGGACAACGGACUUCUGAGCCUGGUGCGGGCGCGACCACGCCAAUGGCACCUGCGGGCCAUCAGAAUGCUCACGAGGACGCACGCUACGGUCAUGUCGAUCCCAGUCAGCAGCUUCCCAGCCAACCAGCAGCUCUUCCACACGGCAGCCCCUACGGUCCACCGCCGACUGGUGUCCCAAGCGGCCCGCCACCAGGAGCCAUGAACGGUGGCAGCUAUGAGGAUCGAGACGAGCGGCCCAUCUCGCGGCAGGCGGGUGCUGCUGGGGAGCCAGUAGGCGCAGGGCCAACAAUAGUUGAGGAGAACGGUGAAAGGAAGAUAGCGUCGUCAUCAGCAGAAAGCGCUAACGCCGAUUCUCAGCGUGGAGGUUUCGCGGCUGUCAAUCAGUGA